UGGGCGCGACGCGGCUCAUGUUUAACGAUAGCUACCUUUGUUCUUUUCUAUUUGAACAUUGCAGCGUCGAGGGGCAGCGCCCAGAAUGACAUCCCCCGUGAUCGAAGGAGACCAGAGAUAACCAUUCUGUCAGCGGAACCUCUGAGUCCGGGUCACUGGUUCCCUGGUGGUUCUGGGGGCUUUCCUCCACCGCCCCCUCCCUCUCAGCAGAUCUGGGGCGGACGCAUCCCAGCAGAGGGCCUGCCCCCGCCCUCCUAUGACCAGGUGAUCAAAGAGAAAACAAAGGAACAAGAGCCCCCACCCUCGGCCCCACCGCUUCGUACCACUGCCAUCACCACUACCAUCGCCACACAGACUGACUUUGAACCCGAGACUGAGUCAUCUGUCCCAGAAUGCACUGCAACUGCCCAGGACACCAGAGCUGAAUCUGCUGAUAAAAAGCCCCAUAAACCUCCCAGACCAUCCCUGCCUUCAAAAGUUAAGCGAACUCCAAGUCAGCUUGGGGCUGCACAGGGAGUACAGACCGCCCCUGUCAGUCAGGAAUCUGGAAAUCGCACUUCGGGAUCCAACCCGAGUGACCCCUUCCUGCCUGGGGAGGGUGCCCCCUCCACUGAGCCCCUUAGCCCCGCCCCCGCCACAGAGUGCCCGGUCUCUGCCCCCCCCUCUGAAUCUCUGUGGUUCCCCACUCCGCCUCCCCGCACCAACCCCAACUUGCGGCCGCUCACUCGAGAGGUCAAAGUUCAGACAUUAGUCCGACUGAAGGAUGACGGGGAGAAUGGCCAGUUGAUUCUUGCUGGUGGGGAGGUGUCCGAUAGCAAGUACCUGCAGGAGCUCCUGGACGUGUUUGGCGAGGGCGACGUGUGCGACGCCGGGGAGGGCAGCGAGGAAGAGUCUGACGACGACGACGGCGACGACAUGUGCGCCCUGCACAGCCACCGGAACAUCCGAGCCAAGAUCCAGGCCUUCGAGAAGCAAGUUGGCACAGACGGAGGAGACAGCGAGGGCCUGGUGGGAGAGCCGCAGGCAAAGCCCCGCUACCAGCUGCCAAAACCCCCCAUGUUGGCACCAAAGCCAGCCCUUUCAUCCAAGCCCUCUAACUGGACCUUCUGGGAGGACAACUCUUUAGCUGGCUCCACCCCUGUCCCCGCCCCCAGGCCCACCCCCCUCUCCACCCCCAAGCCACUUUUUCCCCAGUGUACUGCAGAGAAUGGAGGCUCCGCACAGGCCCUGCCCUCUUCUUCUUCGGGGGUGUCUGUUCUCGCCCGGGUGAAGAACAUCAUGGCCCAAGAGGACCAGCCCAUAGUAGCACGCCCCACAGUACAAGCUAAGCCCAACCUGCCCAUCCCUCUUAGUGGCAGCCUUGACGACUGGAUCACGCCCGCAGGCACUGCCCCGGCCAAACCGCUCCGCUCUGUUCAGAACCCACCAAGCCGGCCCAGUAUCUCCCGAAAACCCACGAUGAUCAGAGUAGCCAGCAAAUCAGAAACGCAAUCGGAGGACAUGUUCCAGGACAAUCCACCCCCCCCGACCCCCCAGUGGCCUGCAGGAGACUCUGUUCUGACCGGCCAAAAGUCCAGCCUCUUGUCUAAGUCCACCUACCAGACCCUGGUGCAGGGAUUCGGUAAUUCAGAGUGGCCCGACAGCUCCGCGCCCGCAAUAUCCCUCCCCCCUCGACCCCCAGGGGGCAAGGUCCUUCCACUCUGCCCCCCACCAACUAAAGUAGCACCAGGAAGGCCCCCCCCUCCACAGGCUGGCAGCCCCCGACAACCCUCCUUACAUGGAGGAAGAAGUGCAGCUCCUGUCAGGCAGCGUCAGGGGACAACUAAGCGGGGUCCUGUUCUACCCCCUAGACCCAACCCCGGACACGUCCUCUACAACAAGUAUACACUUGGACUCCCACACGCAAUUGCAGAGUUCAGCUACCGUGGCAGCAGUCCAGGGGAAGUCUCUUUCCAGGUAAAUAACCCACCCUCACCAAAGGCUGCUGGAGUUCGCUGACAGUUGAAGCCAUGACAGACCUUUGUUUUGCUGUGUUGCCUAUAAUGACUUUACCCACCUUGUGUAGUAGUCAUGGCAAUGGCUGAGCUUGUAAUUCUAUGUUGUGUCGCUAUAGACUACAGACCAGUCAU